UCCGUAGUCGCUGCCCUAGCCGGUCAUCGAAGGCGCUCGCGAGGCGCACGUGUUUUCCGCGGUGAACUUUCGGAGGAGCGGUUCGAGUUUCGCGGCCACAGCUUCGCGGUCGAUCUGAAAUGUCGUGGUUAUUUGGGAUCAAGAGGGAUCAACCUGGUGGUGGGGAAAUGCCGGACCUCUCGAGCCUCGGUGUACCCGUUCAGAGCGGCGGCGCGGCCGCCGGUGGCGGUGGCGACGACGGCAAGAAGUCAUCGAGGAUGGAGGGUUACCACUUUGACUCGAGCGCUCUCGAAAGAGCGGCCAAGGCGGCACGUGAUUUAGAAGCAUCGCGUCAUGCAAAAGAGGCACUGGAGCUAUCAAAGAUGCAGGAGAAGACGCUGCAACUGGAGCAUCAAACUAAAAUUAAGGAGUUUGAAGCCCACAUUGAAAAUUCCAAGCUUGAUGCCCACAGAGUGCAGCAGGAAGAGCGGAGAAAGACAUUGGCCGAGGAAACGAAACAGCACCAACAGCGGGCUGUAUAUCAAGAUCAGCUUGCAAGGAAGCGCUAUGAUGACCAGCUGCUGCAGCAGCAACGAGCAAAUGAGGAAAACUUGAAACGUCAAGAGGAGUCAGUGGCAAAGCAAGAAGCCUUAAGAAGAGCCACGAUAGAGCACGAGAUGGAGCUGCGGCACAAGAAUGACAUGAAGAAGCUGGAGGCUGAGCUGCGGGCCAAGGCCAAGAUUGACCGCGAGAACCAGGACCUCUACAUUGAACAGAUCAAGGUGAAGGCUGCUGAAAACAGGGCCACUGUCCUCGAGUCAAUCAAGACGGCAGGUGCUGUGUUUGGCGAAGGAUUUAGAGCAUUCAUUACUGACUGGGACAAGGUGUCAGCCACGGCUGCUGGGGUGACAUUGCUGGCUCUUGGUGUGUACUCGGCCAAGCUGGGCACAGGCAUUGCAGCACGAUAUGUCGAAAUGCGCUUAGGUAAGCCGUCACUGGUGCGCGACACCUCUCGGCUCACAGUCAUGGAAGCUAUCAAGCACCCCAUUCGCACGGUCCGACAGCUCACAAGCAAGCCUACGGAUGCUCUCAAAGGCGUUGUGCUUGAUCCGAAGCUGGAGGAGCGGCUCAGGGACAUUGCCAUAGCCACAAGGAACACCAAGAAGAACAAAGGGAUGUACAGGAACAUUCUUAUGUAUGGGCCUCCUGGUACUGGCAAGACACUCUUUGCCAAGCGCUUGGCUCAGCACUCGGGCAUGGAAUAUGCACUCAUGAGUGGUGGUGAUGUGGCUCCAAUGGGCCGUGAAGGCGUGUCUGCAGUUCACAAAGUCUUUGACUGGUCUCAGACUAGCAGGCAGGGAGUACUGCUAUUUGUUGAUGAAGCUGAUGCCUUCCUCAGGAAACGCAGCUCAGAAAUGAUCAGUGAAGAUCUUCGUGCUACUCUCAAUGCUUUCCUUUAUCGAACUGGGGAGCAGUCCAACAAAUUUAUGCUAGUCUUGGCCAGCAACACACCCGAGCAGUUUGACUGGGCCGUGAGCGACCGAGUGGAUGAGAUGGUGGAGUUCCGUCUGCCUGGCCUGGAAGAGCGCGAGCGUAUGGUGCGCCUCUACUUUGACAAGUUCGUCCUCCAGCCAGCUGCUGAGGGCAAGAGGCGGCUAAAAGUGGCUCAGUUUGACUACAGCAAACUCUGCUCGGAAAUAGCCCGGAUCACGGAAGGGCUUUCGGGACGUGAGAUUGCCAAACUAGGAGUGACCUGGCAGGCGGCAGCAUAUGCCUCGGAUGAUGGUGUUCUAACCGAAGCUAUGAUUAUGGACCGUGUUCAUGACGCUGUGAAGCAGAACAGGCAGAAGGUGGCCUGGCAGACUGAAGAAGAGCACCGAAAGCGGACACCCGGGGGAUUUAGCACAUCCGCGACACCCUAUGCUAGUCACCCUGCAUUGCCUCCAAGCACAGCAGCGUCAUCUUAGCAUUGCCAUUCCCUGUAUAUAAUGUUGAUAGGCAGUUUUUGAAAACUUGUAUAGUAGACCGCAGCGUUGCUAUAGAAGAAAAGGAAUGCAAGCAUAUUGUUUAGGUCCAUUUAUAUUUGUUGACAGAACACACCUCCCAUAGCCGCGUGAUCAUUAACUUUUACGUAAGGGUCAUUGUAUUUUAUAGGUGUUCAUAUCGACCUCACAAUGAAACUAACCGGAGCUGUGCUCUGUGUUAUAUUGCCUAGGGUUAUUGUUGAUGUACGCAAAGCACUGUAGUAGUCUGUUCAGUGUGCAAAUAAUGAGCAAAUGCUUUUUUUGAUGAACUUAUAGAAUAAAAACUAAAAUUCUACUUGAGCAUUGAAUACAUAAGUGUUAACUUGAUUGUACUGUGCAAGCUUUGAAGCCUGAGGCGAGUAGCGCCCUGAACAAUAGUAUGAUUGACUGUUGUUGAUCAUCUACUUGUGACCAAUUCACAACAACAUUGUCACUGUUUGUCUCAUUCAAACAACAGUAUUAGAACGUACUCCUGUAAAAUGGUUUUGUAUAAAAUUGAGCUCGCUCCA